CUCAUCGGCGCACGCGUUUCGACUCUUGGAUAACUUAUAUCCUCUUGAAUAUCGGAUUGGAAGUGGACACCAGGCUGGCAGAGGGAUGGACACCGAUGAACAAGCAGAGAUAGCGGCACUCAUCGUGUAUGCUCAGCACACGCAGAUCACUAACUAUUUCACCGUCGCGAGCUUUUGCCUCUUUGUGUAUGACUGGAUCAUCACACUUCCCCUGGAGGCGAAGUAUGUAUGGCCUUCCCCCUGGUCAUUGGGGAAAGUGCUCUUCCUCCUCACCCGAUACCUUGCCCUGAUAGACACGAGCGUCAUCAUCCCCCGACAACUCGGUAAUAAUCUAAGCACGACGGAUUGUCAGAUCCUUUAUCAAUGGAGCACUUGGAGUAUGGUCGUGGGCGUCGCGAUUGCGGACAUCAUUCUUGCGAUGCGUACCUGGGCGAUCUGGUCUAGGUCCCGAGCAUGGGGAUUUUUGCUCGCUUUCGCUUGGUUUUCAGUGUAUAGCAUCACGUUCGGGACGAUGGGAAAGGGGAUGUCUGGCCUCACGUUCGGAUUACCCCCGGAUCCAGCUCUCAAGGGGUGUUUCAUCAUCGCAGCUGGAGAUCAAGGAAUCCUAUUCAUCGGAUUCGUAGUGAUUAUGGUAUUUGAUUUAUUCACAUUCACAGUAACAGCGAUUAAAGGAAUUGAUCAUAUUCGACGAGGCGAUUCGGCACUCGUCUCGGUGCUGUACCGGGAUGGGUUGUUGUUCUCGGCUGUACUGUGUGUGAUCUCGGUACUGAAUAUCAUCGUUUUGGAGCACUUGAGUUCCGAUCUAUUCGACGUCCUCGUCGUUCUCUUCCGCUCGGUCCAUGCCAUUCUCGCCUGCCGCAUUAUGCUACACAUCCGGGACGCGGCUGGACGAGAACUCGACCAAACUACGGCUGCCAUGGAACUGACUGCCGUGCGACCCCCAGCUAGAGGCAGACAGGGCGGAACAACAUGGGGAAGUACGACAUGGGGCAGUUCUACGGGGUGGAGUGAUGAGGAAGAGGAGGACGGAGAAAGAGGAAGAGCGCAAGUACUGAGUUUGACCUUAUAG